CAUUGUGUAUUGCGACCGCCCAACUUCCGUACAGACACCUCUUUGCUCUUGAUCCUUCUCACCAACCCAAACAACCUGUCAUUCGGAUCAUGACCUUCAACACUGCCUAGAAUUAUUCCUCCCAAUUCUUUCUGCUCCGCCUCGUUCGGUUUCCACCGUUAUAUACCUGGCUUGCUGGUGUGCCGCGUCGUCUCCGCCUGAUUGCGCUACGUGCGUCGGCCGUCCCCGCCUGCUAUCUAACGCCCGAUCGUGGUGCAUGUGCGCUGUCGACAGAGAUAAAUGAUCAUCUAAUUCCCGAUUUGAUCUAUCCUUGCUCCUGAAGUGGCGUCGCUAUAAACGUGAAGAGUAAUGGAUUCUCAGUGGCAGCCUUACCAAGAUCCCCUAAUGGGUCAUUCCGCGCAGUUCAACAACGGCCUGACGUCGAAUUCACAACAGCACCUAGCUUCAAAAUACGGCGGCCAGCCACAACAUUCGCAGCCACCGGUCGGAUACACCUACGAACCCUUCCAAUCCCCUGCCGGCUCUGCGAAACCCCCCUCCACCGUCACAAACUCCAAGACCGUCUCGAUGGCCUCGUCUCCAGCUGCGACGCCACGUAGUCGGGAUUAUGUCACCGAUGCAGACACCACCAUGGAGGACGCCGAUCCCUAUAACCGGGCUAAAUACUCGACACGACCGACCCAUCACAGCCGUCCGUCCUCACAGUACUUCUCGCAUGAAGAGUCCUCGGCCGCUCGCAGAUACUCCCCUGGGAAUGUCUUGUCGUCUCCCAUGUCCUAUAAUGCCAGUCCUGGGAAGCAUAACUCGUACGCAUUCCCGCCCGGCCCGAAUCAGUCGCGACGGUCACCGACACGAGCUCCAAACUACGCUUCGCCUCCUCAAUCAUUCCAGUCGCCGCCGUCCGGUUCGCGACCGCCCAGACUCCCCCCUCUACAGCCCACUGAUAUGAGCCCGGACCAGUUCUAUCCGCCCUCUGCGGGCUCUCAGCUCAGCGCAGCGUUUGCGCAAGAUGGGCGGUCUCCUCGUGCCGCGUCUGUAUCGGGUGGCAGUCAUCUGCCCGGUCGAGGGCCAAUUCCCAAAUUCCAGAAGAUCAAGUCGGUUCAGGAACUGCAACCGCGCCUGAAUGCACAGCCUCCCUUUAGACGUGCCAACCCGGAAGGCGGUUUUAUUAGCCCCCUCCAGGCGUUGACAACGCAUCUACCGGCCACUUAUCGGAUAUGCAACCCCGGGUUCAAUUACGAGUCAUCCAGAAAUCCCAGGCGCGUCCUGACGAAGCCUAGUAAAGGCGUGAAGAAUGACGGUUACGACAAUGAGGACAGCGACUAUAUUCUGUAUGUCAACGACAUUCUGGGUAGUGAAGAAGCAGGUCACAAGAAUCGCUACCUUAUUCUCGACGUACUGGGUCAAGGAACCUUUGGACAAGUCGUGAAGUGCCAGAAUUUAAAAACAGGAGAGGUUGUCGCUGUUAAGGUCAUUAAGAACAAGACAGCUUAUUUUAACCAGAGCAUGAUGGAAGUCUCAGUCUUGGAUCUGCUUAAUAGCAGGUACGAUAAGAACGAUGAUCACCACUUGCUCCGAUUGAAAGACACCUUCAUCCACAGACAACAUCUGUGUCUCGUGUUUGAAUUGCUCAGUGUCAAUCUAUACGAGUUGAUCAAGCAGAACCAGUUCCGGGGUCUCAGCACAACAUUGGUGCGCGUUUUUGCCCAGCAAUUGCUGAAUGCGUUGAGUCUCCUCAACAAGGCUCAUCUGAUCCACUGCGAUCUGAAACCGGAGAAUAUUUUGCUGAAGAAUCUAGAAAGCCCCAUCAUCAAAGUGAUCGAUUUCGGUUCAGCAUGCGACGAACGGCAGACUGUCUACACCUACAUCCAAUCCAGAUUCUACCGCUCCCCUGAGGUCCUCCUUGGCUUGCCCUACUCUUCUGCGAUUGACAUGUGGUCGCUUGGAUGUAUCGUUGUCGAACUGUUCCUUGGCCUUCCGCUGUUCCCUGGUUCCUCGGAAUACAAUCAAGUCUGUCGAAUCGUCGAGAUGCUAGGACUUCCCCCGACAUGGAUGCUCGAAAUGGGCAAGCAAUCGGGCGAGUUCUUCGAGAAGACCCAGGACGAAUUUGGCAGGAAGACGUAUCGCCUGAAGUCUCUGGAGCAGUAUUCUCGUGAACAUAACACCAAAGAACAACCAAGCAAGAAGUAUUUCCAGGCUUCGACUCUAGAGGAAAUUAUUCGCAGCUAUCCGAUGCCCAGGAAGAAUAUGAAGCCAGCAGAGGUUGAAAGAGAACUCAACAACCGGAUAGCGUUUAUCGACUUUGUUCGAGGGUUAUUGACCAUCAAUCCGCUUGAACGCUGGUCACCACAGCAGGCCAAAUUGCACCCGUUCAUCACGCAACAGAAAUUCACCGGGCCAUUUGUCCCUCCGAUGAAUUUGAAGUAUUCAUCAUUGAACAAGACGGUGGCUCCCGGCAUUCAGCAGCAGCAACAAGCAGAGGCGGCCAGCAAACAGCGGGCGGCACAAGCAGCGCACGCCCAGAGCGCCGCACAGAAUGCAUACAACAUGCAGUUGAAUCAGUUUCAUACUCCCACUCACGCCCAGCCGCCACCCCUCUAUAAUGGGAUGUACGCUGGUCACCAGCAAGGUGCUCCCCCGCCGUAUCCCAACCAGCCACCUGCCUACGGCCACCAAAUGAACAUCAUGCCGGGCCAGAUGCCACAACAGCAAUAUGCGCCAUCGCAGACCCUCUACGCCCAAGCGACUACGAGGGCCGGCCGACAGCGUGCAUCCACCAUGGAUCCCCAGGGUGGAGGCAUCCCACCGACCAUCCAGCGCGUUGCCAGUCACCUCGAUCCCAACGCACCUAUCAGGCUACAACCCAGUCCCGCUUACUACCCUCCCCCGCCGGAUGGUUAUGUUGAUGCCAACUCUGCCAACCAACGGCGUCGGGGUAGCCGCACGGGUGGCACAAGGAACCGGGAUUUCAUUCGGACUCUCGAGGAUGGGGUUUUAGGAGGUGAAGGCUUCAUGGGCCAGAACCAGUGGCACUGAAUGAUGAUACCGCAAGGCCGCUUGGUAGCGCCCGGAAGGUGCCUCAG